AUGCUGUCAACCAACACACACAAAGCCUUGAAUUACACAAUUGGAAAUCUGCUGUACAACACCCAAUAUGGAGCAAAAGAGAAAGCGACCAAAGUGCUGCUGAUCAUCACAGACGGGGACAGCACUGACUUUGACAAAGAUUACGAUUACGUGACCAAACGUCUGGACGAAAAACACGUCAUCAGAUACGCCAUUGGGGUUGGCUCUGUGAACAUCAAAAAUCUGAAGAGCCUGGCUUCUGAACCCAAAGACAGCAACACCUUCUACGUUAACGACUACAAAGGGCUCAGACGUAUCCUGGACAACAUGCAGGAUAGAAUCUACAACGUGGAAGAUGAGAAGACAAAAUGCUGGUCCUUUGUAAACGAGAUGUCGCAGAGUGGGUUCAGCGUGGCAUAUGCCAAGGACCGCCUGAUUCUGGAAGCUGUUGGGACCUCGGACCGGGCUGGCUCAGAUGUUGAGAUGAAGCCUGACAUGAAAACUCCAAUCAUGCCUCCCAAAAAGAAGGGCUUGGGGAUGUUUAAUACCCCUUGACAAGUCUUGUCACAGUCUCACAGUUAGACAUCGUGUGGCUUCUUGUUACUAAAUGUCUUAGAGACGUCUCAUGUUCAACGGCUUUCCAUUGCUAUUGUUUUUGACAGUCGCUCAUUGAUUUCUGCACAUUUCUACGUGGUUUUAAUUCAUUUCUAUGGUCUGUCUGUUUAUUUGAAUCACGUCAGCCAUAUUUUCUUUGUAAGUGCUGCAUGUUUGCUCUUGUUAGUCAUGUGAUCACCGAUGACAUCGCUAACCUGAUGAACAUCGGUGUCAUAACACGUGACAUCAUCACACAAUGGCUAUAAAAGUUUUCAGAUACCUCAA